AUGGCGCAGGUGAAGUCCGCGAUAGAGCGACUCCGAGAGGUAUCGCUCGUGUCGGAGCUGCCUACUGUCAUCAAGCUCAUUAUGAAGCGAAAUAUCGACAUUAAGAGGCCGGACGCAGAUGGCCGCACCGCGCUCCACUACGCUUGUAUGAAUGACAACAGGGUUUUAGUGUCGUACCUCCUCUCGCGUGGCGAUAUCGACGUCGAUUGGAAGGAUAAGGACGGCAAAACUGCGCUUCAGCUGACACCUGUGGAGGCCCGCUUCGAGAUGCGACUUCUGUUUUCAGAGAUGAUGGCGAUCCAGCAGGCGCGUGAGCGCCCGUCAUCGCAGAGGGGCGAAGAGGCGAAUGAGCAGAUGCUCGACGAUGACCUGCGUGAGUCUGACAAAGUGAGCCCUGCUACCAUGCGUAAGAUGGCAGUGUGCCUGGUGUUGCCGCUGCUGGUGUUAAUAUUCUACAACGGCAUCCUCUUUGCGGUUCAGUUCAUUGCGGGAACGCUGUGCUUCUAUUACUUAGCCGUGGCUUACUUUGUGUCCGAAGUAGCCAUUCGGCCGCCCUGGUAUCACCACCACCCUGGCGCUUCCGCCCUGACCAUGAAGGGGUGCCCAGACUACUGGCAAGGGUGGGUCUAUAACCCCAAGAGGGACUUCGGCCUCGAGUACGACGAUGUCGAGUUCCCGUCGACGGACCAUUACACGCUCCGCGGGUGGUACGUCCCUCCACCGCCGGGGAGGGCGCGAGAGAUGGGCGUUGUCCUGGUGCACGGCGGUGGCCGCGACCGUCGUUCGUGGGAGCGACACCUGCCGUUCUUGCACAACGCCGGCUACGGCUGUUUGUUGUUUGACUUUCGCGAGCACGGCCUGAGCAGCGGCAGGAUGCGCGGUUUUACCUUCGGCAUCAAGGAGCGCUUUGACGUCGUAGCGGCGUGCAACCUCAUGCAGUCCAAGUACGGCUACAAGCGCAUCUGUGCCAUGGGAACCAGCGUUGGCGGUUCCUCGGUGAUAAUGGCGGCCGCCAUAGAUAAAAACAUCGACGUCGUCAUUGCUGAGAACGCAAUCACCACGUCGGCGACCCUGCUGGAUCAGCAGAUGGUGACGGUCUUGAGUGGCUACUUUGCCCAGAAACGGUAUAGCGUGGUACUCUUCCGACUGUUCCGCUGGUGCGCCACCUUCUGGCUCAACUGGCGCAUUGGCAACAAGCCGUCGAAACAUUGCCAGGCACUGCACUGCAUCGCCAAGGUAUCGCCGCGACCAAUUCUGCUGAUGCACGGCAUGAACGACACUCUGGUGCCGGUGCGCCACUCGGAGAUUUUGUUCGAGGCGGCGCUAGAGCCAAAGCAGCUGUACAUAUGUGAGGCCGCCUUCCACUGCGGCCUUUACAACACAAAGCCAGACGAGUAUGAAUCGACAGUGCUUGGGUUUUUGGAGAAGUACGGCGUUGCCUCAUCCUCAUCUCCAUCCCCAUCACCCCCCAAGGAGGGCAAGAAGGACCAGUAG